UCCAGGAAAUGCUGAGCUGGAGAACCGUUCUGUUCCUGUCGCCCAAACAACUGUACAGGGUUUCCUGUCCACCCUUGCAGGUUCUUGGUUCUCAAGCAAUGUCUUGGAAGGAGGAUGAUGUGGCACCACCUCAGGGCUUAAUCCGCUGCCUGGAUCAUCUCGUCAUGACUGUGAAAAGCAUCGAAGAAACAGCAGCCUUCUACUCUCAGGUUCUGGGCAUGGAAGUCAUCACAUUUAAGGAAAACCGCAAAGCCUUGCAUUUUGGGAACCAGAAGUUUAAUCUCCAUGAAGCAGGGAAAGAGUUUGAGCCCAAGGCCCACCGGCCAGUUCCAGGCUCCCUGGACAUCUGCCUCAUCACAGAGAUGCCCCUGGAGCAGCUAAUACACCACUUGAAGGCCUGUGGGGUGAAAAUUGAAGAUGGCCCUGUUCUCAGAACUGGCGCAAUCGGUCCAAUCACAUCUGUUUACUUCCGAGACCCAGACCAGAACCUGAUUGAGGUCAGCAACUACAGCUCUCAUACAAGAAAGUAAUUGUUCUCCUGUGGAUUAGGGCCUGAUCAGCAAUGAAAAGAUCAACACCCUGAUGUCUUUGUAAAUUCUGACAUGAAGGGAAAAAGAUCAAUAAGAAGUAAUUUUUCAGCAAAUGUAGGUGGCCUGCCUCACAUAGAUCCUCACAGGCAUCUCCAUCUCCGAUGGGUCGCAUUUGUUCAUGUC